UUUUGCAGCCGACGGCGCGCGCCGGAUUGGCUCUCUGGUUAGCGGGUAGGCUCGCGGUUUCUAGCCGCCUUCGCCUGGGCCGGGCCGGUCGGUUUGGAAGGCGUGCGCGCGCAGAACGCGAAGGCCGGUGGUCAAUCGCCUGAGGCUAUGGCGGCAGCGGCGGCGGCUGCCGGCAACGGCGGAGUGCCGAACUCAGCCGCUGCUGCGGGCGGUUGGCGGCUUCCCGGUAGGGUACUCGAAUUCGUCUUCUCCUACUUGGACCUCCGGGAGCUACGGAGCUGCGCGUUGGUGUGUAAGCUGUGGUACCGCGUUUUGCACGGCGACGAGAACAGCGAGGUGUGGCGCAGCCUGGCGGCUCGCAACCUCGCCGAGGAGGCGCUACGCAACGAUAUCCUCUGCAACGUGCCCACCUACAAGGGCAAGGUACGUGCCUUUCAGCAUGCUUUCAGCACUAACGAUUGUUCCAGAAAUGUCUAUAUUAAGAAGAAUGGAUUUACUUUGCACCGGAAUCCCAUUGCUCAGAGUACUGAUGGAGCAAGGACCAAGAUUGGCUUUAGUGAAGGCCGUCAUGCCUGGGAAGUCUGGUGGGAAGGUCCUCUUGGUACAGUGGCAGUAAUUGGAAUUGCUACAAAAAGAGCUCCCAUGCAGUGUCAAGGUUAUGUAGCCCUCCUAGGGAGUGAUGACCAGAGCUGGGGCUGGAAUUUAGUGGACAAUAAUUUAUUACAUAAUGGAGAAGUCAAUGGCAGUUUUCCACAGUGCAACAAUGCCCCAAAAUAUCAAAUAGGUGAGAGAAUUCGUGUUAUCCUGGAUAUGGAAGACAAAACCUUGGCUUUUGAGAGAGGCUAUGAGUUCUUAGGAGUUGCAUUUCGAGGACUGCCAAAGACAUGUCUGUAUCCAGCAGUGUCUGCUGUAUAUGGCAACACUGAGGUGACGUUAGUUUAUCUAGGAAAACCUUUAGAUGGAUGAUAGUUUUGUGUUGGUUUUACUUUGUUUUUGUUUUUUUAGCAAGAACAUGAAAAUCAAGUUGACAAUAUGGAGAAACCUGCAUAUUGGUUAACAGGACAGCAUGAGGAAAAUACAUGGAUGUGUGCUCAAGAAACCAAAACUUGUGAUUAAAAAGACCAACUGUUCUUAACAGAGUACACUGACAUUUCCUUUUUCUGCCGGACCAGAAAAAUUCCUCAGGGGGGUUACAGUUAAACAGGCAGUUAACCACAAGCAUGUUGUAUCGGAUUUUGUACCAAGAGUGGCAAUAUGGAAUCCUGUAUAUACGUAAGGAAUUGUUUAAUAGAAGUGAUUGAGGAAGUUAUCUAAUAUGUGAGAGUAACGUGUUCUGUGGAAAAGGUUUCCAUUUUGAAAGCGAUUUGUUCUUUUCCAACCUUUAAUCCAGUGUGUUUUACCAAAGGUAAUAAACUUAUUGGAUUUUAUUUAAUAUAUUUUGGUUGUGCUGGUAAGCACUGAUUCUGGAGAUCAGUUUUCCAGAGCUAUAUUGUGCAGCUAUACUGAAGUGUAUUUUAAAAAUUGUUUGUAUAGAAACUAAAAAUUGAAUGAAAGAAAGGUUUGCUAACCAGUAUGUAAUUUCUUAAAUGGAAAAACCACUACAUGUCAAAUGUCAAUCUUUGUCUAGGAAUUGGACAAAAUAUAUACAAGUGCAUUUCUGUUUUGUUGUGCCACAUCUCUUUUGGCAAAAGGAGCAAUGUAUGCUUAUUAAAUAAUGGUUGAGAUUGAUAAAUAGAAUAGUAUAUAUGUGGAAGGGUAAAAUUUAUUUCUAAUGUAUUUUGAAAAAUUAGGUUUCCAAAGUAUUUCCAAAUAGCGGUCAUUUCAAAAUACUCAACUCCUUAAAUUAAAUCAACUGAAAUAUAAGCAGUAAUUCCAUCCCUGAUACACAAAUUUCAGUAUGGGUGGGUUUAAUUUUGUUAAAAUUUAUUAUAGAGGCUGAAAAGAAUUUGUAAAAAAGUUAAUGAAUUUUAUGUGGUGAAAGUACUUUUGGAUGAUAGAAUGAUUGUCCUUUCUUCACAAUAGAUUUUCCCAGAUUUUCCUAGAUCUUUGCCAUUCCCUGGUAUCCAUUGCCUGCACAAUUUAUCUUUUAACUUUGUAAUUCCACAGGCCAGCUGUUGGUACUAAAUGUUAUUUUGUUUAUAAAUCUAUUUAUUUAAAGGUAUUGAUAAAACACUUUUGUUGCAAUCCUGUGCAUAUUUCUUUCAAAAGCAUAUCACAUGAUAUUCAAGAGUUUUUUUUCCACAUAUGCAUAGAAUUGUGUCAUUUGGGAGGAAAUAAAUAUUGUUUACAUUAUUUUUUACAUAA